CCCUUCAAUAAAAAAAAAAUAAAAAAUCAUCAAUUUCGUGAUUGCAGAUUAAAUUCCCCCUUCGCAGAUUCCCCAGGAAUUUGGUUUAAUUUUAGCUGAGUUAAGUUGUAAUGAGGGGUCUUGAUUUACAAGUUAGGGUUUGAAUUUUGCGGAUGAUGUGAGUGAAUGUGAUAUUCGAAGUGCUGGAUCAAGCUCCGUGGUUGAAGAUAUGGCAUGGUUUAGUGGGAAAGUCUCUUUGGGGAAUUUCCCUGAUUUGGCUGGGGCGGUGAACAAGCUGAGCGAGAGUGUUAAAAAUAUCGAGAAGAAUUUCGAUAGCGCCCUUGGCUUCGAUGAGAAAUCCGACACCGCCGGGAGCACUAGCGAAACAUCAGGUUUAUGGCCUUCAGCUACAGACAGGAAGGCGUUGUUUGAACCCAUAAUGGGAUUUAUGGGGCAGAAGGGUGGGGAGAGUACUGCUGAACAGUUGGAAGAGCCUAAUUCCUCAAAGCCUGCUUCACCUGUCAAGGAAGAACAACUUGCGAAUGAUAGAUCAACAAAUAAUGCGAGUGAGCAAAUUUCGUAUGGAGAAGAAGGAAGUGAAGAAGUAAAAAAGGCAGACGUAGAUACAAGAUCUACAGAGGAAACAGACGAUGGCAGUGGGGGGGAGCCGGAAGAUAAAGUUACUGCAGAUCCCAAUGAAGCUGAGGUGGUUUCACUUUUGAUUCCUGCUGAAGUAUCUGAACAAAUCCCUGUACAGGUUGAUCAAACAGAAUCUGCAAACAAUCUUCAAAAAGAUGAGAGGUCAGAAGAAGCUCUGCCUAAACUCUUGCAGUCAGCAGAAGGAGAAUCAACAGGUCACAUGGGCCAAGUCGAAGUUAUAGCUUCUGUGCCUACGAAAGAUCAUGCUACCGAGUCACAUGAGAGUAUGGAUGAACUGAAGGAAGAAGACGAAGGCGAAGAAGCAGAAAAAGAAAAAGAAGAAAAAGAAGAAGAAGAAGAUGAAAAAAAAGAAAAAGAAGAAACAAAAGAAAAAGAAGAAGAAAAAGAAGUUAAAGAAGUUUUUCCAGCUCAAAUUCCUGAUGUAUCAUCUAACAGUCCAAACGAAAGCAGAAUAUCAGAUGCUUCUGAUACUCCUCAUAAGACUGGAGAUGCUGAAGAUAGUUCCAAAGACAACUUGCCCGCUUUGCAUCAAAUCUAUCUGGAGGCUUCUGAAGAAGCCUCGAAUGUGGUUACACAUCAGGAUGAUACCAUUGUUAGCCCAGUUGAACUCAAGCAACUCUCAGGCGAUAAUAGUAAUGUUAAAGAACAACAUUUGGGCACAACGAGAAACUUGUCAGAUAUUGCAGAUUCUGCAGCUGAAUUGGACAAAGUGAAGAAGGAAAUAAAAAUGAUGGAAACUGCACUGCAGGGAGCUGCUAGACAAGCUCAGGCCAAGGCUGAUGAAAUUGCGAAGUUGAUGAAUGAAAAUGAGCACCUAAAAGGUGUAAUUGACGAUCUGAGGAGAAACACAAAUGAAGCUGAAAUUGAAUCUCUGCGCGAGGAGUAUCAUCAACGGGUGGCAGCUAUUGAGAGAAAGGUUUAUACUCUCACUAAGGAAAGGGAUACACUGCGUCGAGAACAGAACAAGAGAACUGAUGCUGCAGCUCUUUUGAAGGACAAGGAUGAAAUCAUUACCCAAGUGAUGGCUGAAGGUGAAGCUCUCUCAAAAAAGCAAGCUGCACAGGAAUCUCAGAUGAGAAAGUUAAGGGCACAGAUUAGAGAGCUUGAGGAAGAGAAGAAAGGAUUGCUUACAAAGCUACAGGUUGAAGAGAAUAAAGUAGAGAGUCUUAAAAGAGAUAAGGCAUCAACUGAAAAGUUACUCCAAGAAACUGUAGAAAAUCACCAAGCUGAAAUUGCCACUCAAAAAGAAUAUUAUACAAAUGCUCUUAAUGCUGCGAAGGAAGCUGAAGCACUAGCAGAGGCACGUGCAAACACUGAAGCAAGAACUGAACUGGAAAGUCGUCUGAGAGAGGCCGAGGAGCGUGAAAGUAUGCUAGUUCAGACACUGGAAGAACUAAGGCAAACUCUGAGCAGAAAGGAGCAGCAGGCUGUAUUCAGAGAAGAUAUGUUUCGCAAGGAUAUUGAGGAUCUUCAAAAGCGAUAUCAAGCAAGUGAGCGUAGGUGCGAGGAGUUAAUAACCCAAGUUCCUGAUUCCACCAGACCUCUUUUAAGACAGAUUGAAGCUAUGCAGGAAACUGCUGCGAGAAGGGCUGAAGCUUGGACAGCUGUUGAAAGAUCUCUAAAUUCACGGCUUCAGGGAGCAGAGGCCAAAGCUGCAGCUGCAGAGGAAAAAGAGCGUUCUAUAAAUGAGCGUUUAACUCAAACUCUAUCUCGAAUAAAUGUUCUUGAAGCUCAGAUAUCAUGUCUUAGAGCUGAGCAGACACAGCUCACAAGAUCUCUUGAAAAGGAGAGACAAAGGGCAGCAGAAAAUAGGCAGGAAUUUCUUGCUUUGAAGGAGGAAGCAGAUACUCAAGAAGGUCGUGUGAAACAGCUAGAAGAAGAAAUUAAGGAACUCAAGAGAAAGCAUAAGGACGAGUUGCAUGAAGCACUGACGCAUCAGGAACUUCUGCAACAGGAACUAGAGCGCGAGAAAACUGCUCGAUUGGAGCAGGAACGAGCUGCCCGCCUUCAGUCUCCUGCCCAACAGGAUCAGAGCCCCAUAGCCAGGCAAAAAUCAGCUGCCUUUGAAAACGGCUUGGCUCGUAAGCUUUCAAGUGCAAGUAGCUUGGGCAGCUUGGAAGAGAGCUAUUUUCUGCAAACAACUUUAGAUUCAUCAGAUAUGUUUUCGGAAAAUAGAAGUUUGGGAGAGGGCACUAUGAGUCCAUAUUAUAUGAAGAGCAGGACGUCAAACACAUUCGAAGCUGCUCUCCGUCAAAAGGAGGGGGAGCUUGCUUCUUACAUAUCCAGAUUGGCAUCUUUGGAAUCCAUUCGUGACUCUCUUGCAGAGGAGUUGGUUAAAUUGACCGCCCAGUGUGAAAAAUUGCGGGUGGAAGCAGCUACACUACCUGGAAUACGAGCGGAGCUAGAUGCACUUAGACGGAGACACUCGGCGGCACUGGAGUUGAUGGGAGAACGUGACGAAGAGUUGGAAGAGCUUCGUGCAGAUAUUGUCGAUCUAAAGGAAAUGUACAGAGAGCAAGUGAACUUACUUGUGAACAAGAUCCAAAAACUAAGUACAUCUAUUGAAGCCGCACGAUAGAAAUCUUUCGCAUGCGCCUAUUCCAUUUACAAUAGUUUGUAUACCCAAUUGGUUUUGGUUCGAUUGGUAACAUUAUUUAAUUUUUUUUUUAACACUUGAACGUGCUCGAGACUGAUGAUUUCGACUCCAACUGUUAUUGGGAGCAUAAUGUGUUGUAUAUCAUGGUGAUGUAUAUGUUUUUGGAAGUGAGAAAUUAAUUUCAAUUCUAUUUCAAAAA